AUGGCCCCUAAAGGAGAGAAAGAUCCGUUGCUCGAUGCGAUCAAGCCUGCGACGCCUCGUCAGGCGAGACCUCCUCGUCAUAUUCGACACCGUCAAGCUGGGAGAUCAUUACACCUAUCUCUGACUCUGGGGAUCCUGGCAUUGGUCGUGCUCUAUGCUAGGCAGAACAGAUCAUCAUUGAAUACCUACAACUACGGAGGGAAGAAGCUUCCGAUGAAGUACGCUGUCUGCUCUAGAGAAGGCAAGAAGAUCUACACUGUGCCUGAGGAAUCGGGUGUAGGUCCGGUAGAAUGUGUCGUCGUGCAGGGCAAAUACGUAGUAGAUACGGGCAGCAUGGCACAUGUCCGUCGCAAGUGGACAGAACCGCAGAGCCAGGCGACAUGGCAGUGGACGUCAAAAAUGAAAGUCUUCUAUCUCCCUGAAGGACACACCAUGACGCCAGGUCUGAUCGAUUCACAUGGGCAUCCGCUACAAUAUGGACUGAGUCGUCAACUCCAAUUGACAGGCUCGACGUCUAUACCAGAGAUCGUUGAGCGGGUAGAGGAUUACGUACGAAGUAGCAACUUGCCGCCUGGUACAUGGAUCGAGGGUCUUGGCUGGGAUCAAAAUAUCUGGCCGGUCAAGGAGUUUCCGACAGCCACUGAUCUCGAUACACCUCUUUUGAAAGAUAAACCCAUCAUCUUGUCCAGGGUGGACGUUCACGCCAUCUGGGUAUCCCAUGCCGUACUUGCGCAACUUGGCCCCUUACCAGACACCGUCGAAGGUGGCAAGAUUGUCCGGGGCGCGUCAGGGGAACCCACUGGAGUCUUUAUCGACAACGCCAUGGAUCUCGUUAUGGCUAAGAAACCGCCAUACACGGAAGCUCAGUUAUCCAUGUCCAUCGAGAGAAUGAUGGAUGACGCACUUGCAAAGGGGAUGACGGGCGUCCACGAUGCCAUGCUAUCUCAGAAUUAUGUCCCGGUAUUCGAGAAAUGGGCCAAAGAAGGCAAACUCCGAAUGCGUUUUUACUCCAUGCUACGAUGCACAGAUCGCGAUGCAUAUUGUGGCGACGCAAUCCAUCGAAUCUACGACGCCCAUGACGGUCGAUUUACCAUGCAGUCCGUCAAGCUCUUUGCAGACGGCGCGUUGGGAUCUCGUGGUGCCGCGCUGCUCGAAGAUUAUUCAGAUUCGCCAGGAUGGAAAGGGUUCCUCUUGUCUCCAGAAGAGACGUGGGGACCGUUGAUCAAGGCCUGGUAUGAUGGCGGCUGGCAAGUUAACGUCCAUACGAUUGGCGAUAAAGCGAAUCACGUCGUGGUGAACGCUAUAGAGGCUGCAUUGCAAGGCAAGGAUGCAGCUAGACAAUUCCGUUUGGAACAUGCUCAAAUCAUGGCUCUCGAUGAUCUCAACCGGGCCGCCAAGCUCGGAGUCAUCGCUAGCUAUCAGCCAACGCACGCCACGAGUGAUAUGAAAUAUGCCGAAGAUCGACUGGGCCCUGAACGAAUCAAAGGAGCUUACGCUUGGAAGACGUAUCUGAAGGCUGGCGGCAGGAUCGCCCUAGGCUCUGAUUUCCCAGUGGAAUCUAUCGAUCCCUUGAAAGGCUUCUACGCGGCUGUGACGCGGUUGGACGAAGAUGGGACAUCUCCCCACGGACUGAAUGGCUGGUACGCAAGUGAAAAACUGUCAAGAGAAGAGGCUCUCAGAGGGUUCACAAUCGAUGGCAAGUCGAUGACGACAAGGGGGUCCACAUUGACAAGUUUUACAGGAGCCUACGCAUCGUUCUCCAACUGUACUGGAUCCUUGGUCUCCGGGAAACGCUUUGACGCUGUGAUUUGGGAUGAUGACCUCUUGGAGGUUGAUCAGGGAGAGAUGUUGGAAGUGCAAGUCAAGGCGACGUUUCUCGAUGGGCAGUUGGCCUAUGGGUCGAUAAAGGGGUAG